AUAAACAACUUGAAGACAUAUGCUGAACCUAGCCCAGUGGUCUGUGAUACUAUGAGCGGGAGGUACUGCGGUUGAAAUGUGAGGGGAGAUCCAGCAGGAAGCGAAUCGUGACUGCAAAUUCUGCACACAGAUCACUAACCACCGGCGAGGAUGGAAGACUGACAAUUUAAAAGAAUAGGGAGGCCAACGGAUCGAGACAUUAAUCACCUGUCAAAUUUUUUUUGACAAUGACAACGUCAGAACGUGCAUUUUGAAGGUAGCUAGCAACGAUGCUCGCAUAGCUUGCUAUCUGUCUGGGGACUGACAGCGAAGUCACAGGGCUGCGGAGAGCUCGGAAAAAUGAAUAUAGUUCUUGGUGUACUUUCCCUGUCAUUUUUCGACCUCGCCUUUCAUUUUUGCUCGCUAGAUACCCUUACUAGCUACAUUAUCUCUCAGUAGCAAGUGAUCUAGCUGUUGCAUAAGGACGGUGUGGCGCAUAAAAUACUGUAGCCAGGAAAAUACAACCACGUUAGCUAGAGAGUGGCUUGUAACUACAGCAACCAAUUGACUGACAGCCUGUCAACAGCUUUGACGUUAGUGCAGAUGUUUGUGCCAGUAAGGUAAUUUGAACGGGGAUGGAUUUUUACGGUCAGAUUUGAACACAAUGUCAGCAGCUAUGAAAUUCAAGUUUUCAAAGGAAAUGCGAGGAAGACUCCAAUAAAGUUAGCUAGCCUAGCGUAAGUUCGCUAGCUAGAAGCAUAUCUAACGUUAGCUAGCUACAGUAACUGUGAAACACAUUUCAUUUGUUUUUUUCCCACGUGAGAAUAUGAAGAGAACCGAAAAUAAAAACAAAAGAAAACUCAUUCCGGACCAACAAGGACAAAGCGGGACAGCGGAGAAAGAUGAGUUUGCUGCGCCCCCUCCCCUGUUGUUCAGGAAGAUGAGUAACCCUGACUUGUCCCCCGCCGCCAACAAUACCAAACUACACCGACAGCUCAGCCAGAAUGAUGGCCGCACACGCCGUAGCAGUAUGGCUAGGACCGGUAAGCAGCGUCUGCCCCUGUCCAGCAGUAUGCACAGUGGGGUGAGUAAGCUAGCCUGGCAUCCUCCUGUAGAACCCCCCAACAAUCUGGUCCGCAUGAGGAACCAGUCCCUGGGCCAGUCUGCACCAUCACUCACUGCAGGACUGAACAUCAAAGCUACAGCACUUGUCACCAUGUACAGCCUGGUCUCAUAG